ACGUAGAAAACGUCGCUUCUACAUAACAUGUUGUGGCAGCCGAGAUUAAAGCAUGUGAUCCUGCCUUCAUUGUAGAUAAUACAAAGCUGCGAAAAUGGCGGACGAACAGGAAGUACGGCAGCUGGAGUUGCUAUGCAAGCAGUUGUAUGAAUCACAAGAUUCUACACAUCGUGCAGAGGCUGAAAAAGCACUUGUUGCUUUUCAAAAUGCUCCAGAUACGCUUACAAAGUGCCAGCUCCUACUUGAUCGAGGAGAUUCUCCGUAUGCUCAAUUAUUGGCAGCCACUACUUUGACAAAAUUAGUUUCCCGUUCAUCAGGACUUAGUUUACAACAGAGGCUUGACAUACGAAAUUAUAUUCUGAAUUACUUAGCAACUCAACCAAAGUUACCAAACUUUGUAAUACAAGCUCUGGUUACAUUGUUUGCCAGGAUAUCAAAGUUUGGUUGGUUUGAUAUUGAUAAAGAUAGAAGUGUGGUCAGUGAUGUAACAAAGUUUCUUCAGGGAUCAGUGGAGCACUGUAUGAUAGGAGUCCAAUUACUUUCUCAAUUAACGUGUGAAAUGAAUCAAGUGUCAGAUGCAGACGCAAACAGAUCUAUUACAAAGCAUAGAAAAAUUGCCAGUCACUUCAGAGAUACUCAACUUUUUGAAAUAUUUAGGUUAUCAUAUACUUUAUUAAGUACAGCUCGAGAAAAUUGUAAAAAUUUAAAUUUUAAUGAUGAAGCACAGCAUGGUCUGAUCAGACAACUUUUAAAGCUAGCACAAAAUUGUUUGACAUUUGACUUUAUUGGAACAUCAACAGAUGAAAGUUCUGAUGAUCUCAGUACAGUACAAAUUCCAACUUGUUGGAGACCUGUAUUUUUGGAUUUUACAUCACUGAAACUUUUCUUUGAUUUAUAUCAUAGUUUACCUAACUCAUUAUCAUCUUUGGCCCUUUCAUGUUUGGUCCAAAUAGCAUCUGUGAGAAGGAGUUUAUUUUCAAACCCAGAAAGGGCACAAUUUUUAACACACUUAGUUAGUGGUAUAAAACACAUACUACAGAAUCCCCAAGGUCUCAGUGAUCCUGAGAAUUACCAUGAAUUUUGUAGACUAUUAUCAAGGUUGAAAAGCAAUUUCCAACUUGGAGAAUUGGUUUUAGUCAAAGAUUAUCCUGAAGCUAUACAAUUAAUUGCAAAAUUUACAAUACAAAGUUUACAGAUGUGGCAAUUUGCACCGAACAGUUUACAUUAUUUAUUAACUUUGUGGCAAAGAAUGGUGUCUUCUAUGCCUUAUGUAAAGGCAGGUGAUCCACAUCUAUUAAAUACAUAUACACCAGAAAUUGUGAAUGCAUAUAUCACUUCAAGACUCGAAUCAGUUGCAAUAGUAGUUAGGGAAGGUUUAGAAGACCCACUUGAUGAUUUAGGAAUAGUUCAUCAACAACUGGAGCAAAUAUCUGUAAUUGUGAGGUGUGAAUAUCAAAAGACAUGUACUUUGUUAGUGCAACUUUUUGAUCAAGCUGCUAGGACAUACCAAGAAUUAAUGACACAAACCGCAUCUCCGACACAACAAAUGGACAUCACUAUACAAGAAGGUCAAUUGACCUGGCUUGUAUAUAUCAUAGGUGGUGUUAUUGGUGGAAAAAUAACAUUUAACAGCAAUGAAGAGUAUGAUGCAAUGGAUGGUGAAUUGGUUUGCAGAGUACUCCAAUUGAUGAAUUUAACUGAUUCAAGACUUGCACAAGGUGGCUGUGAAAAAUUGGAGUUAGCAAUGUUGAGCUUCUUUGAACAAUUUCGUAAGGUGUAUGUAGGUGAUCAAGUUCAAAAAAAUUCUAAAGUAUAUAGAAGACUGUCAGAUGUUUUAGGAGUUAAUGAUGAAUCUAUGGUUCUUGGUAUUCUUAUUCGAAAAAUAAUAACAAAUCUGAAAUAUUGGGGUCGUAGUAAACAAAUUAUUUCGAAAACAUUACAAUUAUUAAAUGAUUUAUCUGUGGGAUAUAGUUGUGUCCGUAAACUUGUAAAAUUAGAAGAAGUACAAUUUAUGCUCAAUAAUCACACAAGAGAGCAUUUUCCAUUUUUGGGAAACAAUGUUGCUGUAACAGAAAUGCGCUGUAGAUCAAUGUUCUACACAUCCUUGGGUAGAUUAUUAAUGGUAGAUCUAGGAGAAGAUGAGGAAAGGUUUCAUACAUUUAUGUUACCUUUAACAAAUGCAUUUGAAAGUUUAGGACAGUUAAUUGGUCCUGCUGAUCCAUCACUUUUUGCAGCAGAAGAAGCAAAAAAAGCACUCAUUGGUUUAGCAAGAGAUUUAAGAGGUUUAGCUUAUGCAUUCAAUACAAAAACUUCUUAUAUGAUGCUCUUUGAUUGGAUUUAUCCCAAUUAUACACCGAUUUUAUUACACGCUGUGGAAUUGUGGCAUUAUGAGCCACAAGUUACUACACCCGUCCUAAAAUUUUUUGCUGAAUUAGUACAAAAUAGAAGUCAACGAUUACAGUUUGAUGCAUCUUCUCCAAAUGGAAUUUUAUUAUUUCGUGAAGCUAGUAAAGUAAUAUGUAGUUAUGGUAAUCGUAUAUUAAACGUUGAAGUUCCAAAGGAUCAAAUGUACCCCUUAAAACUUAAAGGGAUAAGUAUAUGCUUCAGUAUGUUAAAGGCAGCUUUAUGUGGAAGUUACGUAAAUUUUGGUGUGUUCAGAUUAUAUGGUGAUGAAGCAUUGGAUAAUGCGCUUAAUACAUUUGUAAAAUUACUUUUUAGUAUACCACAAAGUGAUUUAUUGGAUUAUCCAAAACUAUCUACGACAUAUUUUGUGUUACUCGAAUGUUUGGCUCAGGAUCACAUGGUUUUUCUUUCUACUUUGGAACCUAGAGUAUUCUUAUACAUAUUAUCAAGCAUCAGUGAAGGCCUUACAGCACUAGGUGCGCAAAAAGACUCCUAUACAGAUACAAUGGUCUGUACUGGUUGUUGUGCAACACUUGAUCAUAUUGUAACUUAUAUAUUUAAACAACUAUAUCAAAAAGGGGGAUAUCCAGGAAGAAAAAAUGCGGUAGUUUCAGGAGGUGGAGAUUUAUUCUUACAAGUUCUGAAACAACAUCCUGAAAUUCUUCAGCAAAUGUUAAGUACUGUUUUAAAUGUGAUAAUGUUUGAAGAUUGUAGAAAUCAAUGGAGUAUGUCACGCCCUCUCUUGGGAUUAAUUCUUUUAAAUGAAGAAUAUUUUAAUCAAUUACGAGAGAAUAUUAUUAGAAGUCAACCAGUUGAUAAGCAAGCAACAAUGGCACAGUGGUUUGAAAAUUUAAUGGAAGGGAUUGAAAGAAACUUACUCACAAAAAAUAGAGAUAGGUUUACACAAAAUUUAUCGUUAUUUAGAAGAGAUAUAAAUGAAACUUUGAAAGGACUUAAUACAGCUUCAGAUCCUAUUAGUGAUAUUUUAAUCUUCAGUUAGAUUUUCUUAGGUUCUUGCCUGCCAAAUGCUUGAAUGUGUGUGCGAGUGAAUUAUAAAUUAUCGUGGAUUUAAAAUUAUGGUUUUAGAUGAGUAUAAAGAUAAUAAAUUAAGUACUGUUGUUUCA